CGGAUGUACUUUCUUAGUGUUGAUGACGAAAAAAGCAACAAAAGUGCAGAUAAUAUUGGCACAUCUAGCUAUGUAUUAAAGUCAGGAACCAUGAUCAAAGAGAACUUCUGUGCCAUGCUAUUGCGUAGGCUUAUGUGACCGUUUGCUGCUUCACUUUUCUCGUGUUUGUAAUUAUUAGAUAAGAAAUAGCGGAGCCGGUGAAUAUACUUUGCAAUGGCCGGUUAGCUAAGUUGGCUGAAAUGUCAUUCUCAGUCUUGUUGUAGCUCCAUUUAUAUGAAAGCGCAUUGCAAUCAUGACUCUUCCAGCUCUGCAGAACACCAGUGUGCUCUACCGAAGAAUACUGUCGCAGUUCCCUCAAGACAUCAGCCUCGCAUUUGCAUAUGGAUCUGGAGUAUUCAAACAAAAUGGAACUAGCCAAGGUCAAAUGGGGAAAAACAUGCUGGAUUUUGUGUUCGCUGUCGACGAUCCAGUCACCUGGCAUACCAUGAACCUGAUGCAGAACAGGAAACACUAUUCUGUAUUAAAGUUCCUGGGUCCUAGGAAGAUCAGCCGGAUACAGGAAGAACACGGGGCUGGGGUGUACUACAACACCUUAGUACCUGUGGAUGGAAGGAUAAUGAAGUAUGGCGUGAUUAGUACUGACUCUCUGAUUGACGACCUGCUCCACUGGAAGACAUUGUAUAUUGCUGGUAGACUCCACAAACCGGUGAAGAUCCUAGUGCAGGGUGAAAACGGGAAGAUGCGUGCUGCGUUGGUGGGGAACCUGAAGAGCGCUGUGACUGCCUCCUUCCUCAUGCUGCCUGAGAGCUUCUCUGAAGAGGACCUGCUCCUGCAGAUUGCCGGGCUCUCCUACGCCGGGGAUUUCAGGAUGGUGAUUGGAGAAGACCGGUCCAAGGUGGCUAACAUCGUCAAGGAAAACGUCCAGCACUUCCGCAUCCUCUACAACAAUAUUCUGCAAGAGUGUCCACAGGUGGUGUACAAGCCACAACAGGGGAAACUGGAGGUGGAUAAGAGUCCAGAGGGUCAGUUUGUCCAGCUGAUGGCCCUCCCCAGGACCCUGCAGCAGAGGAUCACACGACUGGUGGACCCGCCUGGGAAGAACAGGGACGUGGAGGAGAUACUACUACAGGUGGCCCAGGACCCAGACUGCGGUUCUGUGGUGCAGCAAGGGAUAUCGUCAAUAGUGAAGUCGUCAAGCAUAACUCAGACCGCCAAAGGAAUCGCCACGGCUGGGCUGCUGAAGUCUCUGUCCUACAGCACCAAGAAGCUCCAGAAGAUGUGGAAGGGAUGGAGAAUGAAGAAGCCUUGAUCCUCCCAGUUAUAUUUAAGCAAUAAGGCACCUCUGGGGUUUGUGGUAUAUGGCCAAUAUACCACGGCUAAGGGCUGUUCUUACGUACGUACGAACGACGCAACGCGGAGUGCCUGGACACAGCCCUUAGCCGUGGUACAUUUACAUUUACAUUUAAGUCAUUUAGCAGACGCUCUUAUCCAGAGCGACUUACAAAUUGGUGCAUUCACCUUAUGACAUCCAGUGGAACAGUCACUUUACAAUAGUGCAUCUAAAUCUUAAAGGGGGGGAGAAGGAUUACUUAUCCUAUCCUAGGUAUUCCUUAAAGAGGUGGGGUUUCAGGUGUCUCCGGAAGGUGGUGAUUGACAUAUAUCACAACCUCCCCGAGGUGCCUCAUUGCUUAAAUAUAACUGGUUACCAAUGUAAUUAGAGCAGUAAAAAUAAAUGUUUUGUCAUACCCGUGGUAUACGUUCUGAUAUACUACGGCUUUCAGCCAAUCAGCAUUCAGGGUUCGAACCACGUUUUUUUAUAAAUGGCUAUAUACUGUACAGUUCCUUUCUGCCUGGAUGAACUGAUAUACCAACCUGUUCCCCUUGGGGGGCAAUGUUCAAGAGGAUGCAACACCACAGAACGUUUUAGAUAGAAAUGUGUUGUGCACAACAUGUAUACGAUACUCUGUCAUGCACAAUAGGGAAUUUUUUACCUGCAGCGUUGUGAAUGUUUCACCUAACUGAAUAUAACCCAGUUACACAAAGAGGUCCUUUAAAAAAAAAAAAAAUGAAGCCCCAUUUCCCUGCACCUGUCUUAAUCUACAUGUCUAUAGGGUCUGUUGACCGUUUUAAUCUACAUGUCUAUAGGGUCUGUUGACUGUUUUUACAUCGGCCAUUACCUGGGGUGUAUUCAUUCUGCCAAACCAAACUUUUUUUUAGUUGCAGACGUUUCGUCAAACAGAACAAAACCGGGAGUGCUGAUCGAUUUUUAACUGAAAUUUUGGUUGGAGGCGGCUUAUGGUGAGACAAAUGAACAUUCAAUUCUAUGACAACAGUUCCGGUGAACAUUCUUGCAAUCAGCACGUUCCCUCAACUUGACAUCUGUGGCAUUGUGUUGUGACUAAACUGCACAUUUUUAAAGUGGCUUUUUUUGUUGUUGUUGUCUCCCAGCACAAGGUGCACCUGUGUAAUUAUCAUGGUGUUUAAUCAGUUUCUUGAUAUGCCACACCUGUCAGGUGGAUGGAUUAUCUUGCUCACGAACAAAUUUGUGCACAAAAUUUUCAAGAAAUAGGCUUUUUGUGCAUCUCGGGGAUAUUUUACUUUCAGCUCAAGAAACAUGGGACCAACAUCUUAUCUGUUGCGUCGUAUAUUUUUCUUCAGUGUACCAGAAUCCAUUGCACGCCUACUUGUCUGGUCUGUGUGGUGCAGACAUGGGAGAGACAGACGAACACGUGAUAGCUGCUUUGCCAGGUAUCUCUCUCUACCUGUGAUUGAUCGGUGGUAUUCAGCAGUCAUAAAAGUAUGAACUACAAAAAUAGUGUUGUUUUUUUGUUGUCAGACAGCAGCUCUAUAGAGAUGAGAUGACUUAGUGAUUCUGUCAGACAGCAGCUCUAUAGAGAUGAGAUGACUUAGAGAUGAGAUGACUUAGUGAUUCUGUCAGACAGCAGCUCUAUAGAGAUGAGAUGACUUAGUGAUUCUGUCAGACAGCAGCUCUAUAGAGAUGAGAUGACUUGGAAUUCAAAUAUUAAAGUUAUCAUAUAGACUUAAAACAGCAGAAAUACCUUAGCCAGAAUUUAUUCACAUUCCUUUUAAUAAGUGAUGAGCAGUAAUGGACAGUCAAUACCAUCAUGGAACUUACUGUUUUAUUCUGUGUCAACCCACAAUGCAUUUCAUGUCAAAACAAAAUAAUUGAAACCAAAAUGGAAAAUCCGGCACCAGGAAGCACCUAUCAGAAUUUUGACGAAUAGAAACUCUCACCAAACUAAAAUGUUUUGUUUGGCAGACUGAAUACUCCUCUUGGAUAACAUCUCGGCACAUUGUGUGUCACCCACAAUGAUGUAGGGUGUAAAGUUACUUUUUAGUGCACUUAAAGAGAAUGAAAGAAACUGUCACUCAUAUCUUUGUACAAUGGCAGUUAUUAUAAGAAUGGAAUAAAGCGUCAUCACCUUG